UGUCUGAUGUGUAGCCAGCCUUGAGAAUCCCAGGGUUUGAAGGCUUUGUACUCAGUUGGCUUGGAAAUACUUAGGUAACAACAUGGCACACCUCUCUAUCAGUUAUUGAAGAUCACAUCCUUUCCUAAUAACCUUUUUUGACCACUGGAAGGGGACGUGCAGAGCGCUGAGAUUAAACCUCACUUGCUCUGAAAAGGACAUGGAUGAAAAUGAAAGCAACCAAUCCCUGGUGACAAGCAGCCAGUAUCCUAAAGAAGCAGUAAGAAAACGCCAGAAUUCAGCCCGGAGUUCUGUAGGAAGUGAUUCUUCUAGGUUUUCCAGGAAAAGUUUCAAACUGGAUUACAGACUAGAAGAAGAUGUAACUAAAUCAAAGAAAGGAAAGGAUGGCAGAUUUGUCAACCCUUGGCCGACCUGGAAAAAUCUCUCUAUUCCAAAUGUUCUCAGAUGGCUGAUAAUGGAGAAGGAUCACAGCAGUGUCCCCUGUUCCAAAGAGGAACUUGAUAAAGAGCUCCCAGUGCUGAGGCCGUAUUUUAUCGAUGACCCUGACGAAGUUGGGGUACGGGAAGCCGGCCUGAGAGUCACGUGGCUGGGACACGCGACAGUUAUGGUAGAAAUGGACGAGCUCGUAUUUCUCACCGACCCAGUCUUCAGCUCCCGUGCGUCACCGUCGCAGCACAUGGGUCCGAAGCGCUUCCGCCGUCCCCCGUGCACCAUAAGUGAACUCCCCCCGAUAGAUGCUGUCCUUAUCAGUCACAACCACUAUGACCAUCUGGACUACCAUUCUGUGGUCUCUCUGAACGAGCGAUUCGGUCAGGAGUUGCGAUGGUUUGUGCCUUUGGGUCUCCUCGACUGGAUGCAGAAGUGUGGCUGUGAGAAUGUGAUCGAGCUGGACUGGUGGGAGGAGAAUUGUGUCCCGGGACACGAUAAGGUCACCUUUGUCUUUACGCCUUCCCAGCACUGGUGCAAAAGGACUCUUGUGGAUGACAACAAGGUUCUGUGGGGCAGCUGGUCUGUCUUGGGGCCUUGGAGCCGAUUUUUUUUCGCAGGAGACACUGGCUAUUGCCCUGCCUUCGAAGAGAUAGGAAAAAGGUUUGGACCUUUUGACCUUGCAGCUAUUCCCAUCGGAGCAUAUGAACCAAGGUGGUUUAUGAAAUACCAGCAUGUAGACCCAGAAGAAGCUGUAAGGAUUCACAUUGAUGUCCAGACAAAGAAAUCUGUGGCAAUUCACUGGGGAACUUUUGCCUUAGCAAAUGAGCAUUACUUAGAGCCGCCACUGAAACUGAGUGAGGCUCUGGGAAGAUACGGACUCAAGACUGAAGACUUUUUUGUCUUGAAGCAUGGAGAAUCCAGAUACCUCCACACCGAUGAUGGAAGCUCUGAAUAAAUGUGAGCACGGGAGCUUUUAGUGAAAACGGUAUCCUCUAAGCUAGGAAAGACUAAGAAAUUCAUGAAUAUUAGGAUGUUUUCCAUUUGGAAACCACUUCUAUAAGUCUGUGUUUUAGUGACAACUUGCUUGCUGCUCCAAAUGCCAGUUCAUGUAAAGAAGAGUUCAGAGGUGGGUCAUUUAAAUAAUGAAUUCACAAAGGGGAAUUUGAAUCCUGUCUCAAUGGUAGAAGCCCUGCAACAGUAUUUUUUUUUAAAGGAUUAUGCUUUAGUGGUAGAAUUUGGAAGUUAUGAAACCUGAUUUUAAAGUCUUCUUUCUGUUCUUCUGGUUCAGGGCCUUGUACAGGUCGAGUCUGUCUACCUAGAUUGUUUGAGGCUGGACAUAGAAACUUACUUCUUACAUUCUCAUUAGAGUAAGUGAUGGAAUGGACCCCCGCCUGCUUACAGCAUUUCUUGUUCUAUCAAGACUAGCUUAUAUGCCAAAUGUUGUGAUUUAUUUUUUUAAGCAUAAAACCAUAGGAGGUUGGGCUAAGUUGCCAUUUUUAAAAAGAGGAAUAAUAUAUUCUGUUGCACAUCUCCAGUCCCCAAAUGGGAAGCUGCUGGAGUUGGGCAGAGGAAAGGAGAGAGGUUGUGAGGACAUGACUGAUGACAUUUUGUUUUUAAUCUACAAGUCAGACCUGCUGAGUACAAAGAUCACUGCAAGAAAAUAAUAUUUUACAAAGAUAAAUGCAGAUCUUAAAAUGUUAAUAAUUCCAUCUAUAUUCUUUUCUCUCCACCUGCUCAUCCCCCCCUUGUUUCUUAGGCUCCAACCCUCAAUCUAUCAAUAAAAUUUAUAAAUAAUUUAGGUUUUACAUGAUUCAGAGAGCUUCUAUUUUUAUAUUAAAUGACCCCUAUGCACAAUUCUGCUUUUACUAAGCUAGUGCGGAAUACUUGCAGCUUAAAAGUGAUUCUGGGAAUUAGCUGACCUGAGUUUAGUCCCAUAAGGGCUCUGGGAUGGUCCGAUUGCUCUGAACCUUCCUCAGAGUCCGUGAGGUACUCGAGAGGCCCAUCCCGUCUUCCUCCUCCCUGUCCCAGUGAAACAAACUUCAUUCACACAGUAAUCAAAGUAGGUUUUUUCCACCUGAUGCUGCACAGGCAGUGUUAUUUUCAGAUACACAUCUCUGCAGGCCACCUGUUAGCCUCUGAUCCGAAUUUUAAUCCUGCUUCCUCCACGAUUCUGUUUCCUGAUGCAAGUCACCUAUGCUCACUGUGCCUCAGUUUCCUCCAGUGCAACAAGAGGAUAAUUUUGACCUACCUCCAAAAAAUGUGAACAGUGAUUUUUUUUUUAAAAAGCACUUUGAAAAUAUAAGGAAGAAAAUUAUUUAAGACACCACUGCCUACUAUAGACCUGUAGAGCUGAAAGCUGAAAAUAGGUUCAUGCUUUGAUCACAUAUUGUUCCUGUGGCAGAUUCAAGCAUCUAUACCUAGGACAUGAAGCACUGAGGACUAACAACCUUAUCUCCUUUUGUAAAUUUGGAGAGGAAUAGCCAAAAUCAAUAUAAAUGAGCUUUAUCAAAAUUUAGCAUUUUUUAUCUUACAAAGAUGCAACUCAGUCAGGGAGAAAUGUGUAUAUAAUAUGUGUGAAUGUAUGUGAUUUGGAGGCACUAAAGCACAAAAAAUUUCCACAUAAAAUAACCUUCAGGGGAAAAAAAACCCACCACCAUAAACCUUUCACUCCAAAGGCAGAUGGGAAUGGAGAAGUUAGGUUGACGGUGGAUUACUUUGGGGCCGGGGGCCCUCACGCUAGUCGUGUUCACACGGCCACCCUCUGGCUGUUGCAUGUGCAUUCAGCAUGCGUCUCCUGCCUCUGCUCUCCGAGGCGGCCCGGCUCAUCUUAAUUUGUCUGCUCCAUGAAUGGCCGUAAUGUGACUUCUAUACUCACGUGUACUGUGUAACCACGGGUCUCUGAGCACUUUAAAUUAGGUUCUAGUUGCACUAAAUUAGUCUGCUUUGCUUUUCCAGGCCUCCUCACAAGCUUUAAUUUUUAUUACCACUCAUUCUUUCUAUGUUGACAUUUUUGUUAAGUACAUCGAGCUUUAGGACUCCUUGUACAAUCUCAUUUUACGGAGUGAUUUCCAUUUUCUCACUUAGCUACCUUUGUACGUGCUUAUGUACAAAACAAACCCCAAUUCUGAAAAGCCAGAUCCACUCUUUUGCCUCUCUCUAUUCAGUCUAACCUACGGUGUAAUACGUUUUACUUGAUCUCAUCGGAUCAGUUUUAUUUUGCCCUUCGAUUAGCUAGCACCCAGUCAAGCAUGUGAGAGCUUCUCCUGUGGUGACCAGGGAACCCCUUGAUGGUCCUCUUGUCUGGAGGGUGGGAUCACCCAGUGCGGGGGAAUCUUAAGAUAACACAAGAUCUGUCAUGACCCACACAGAUCAAGAUCCAUUUGUGCAUUUUCACUUUGUAGUUUUUUCCUGGGUAGUCAAAAAUGACUCCCCCUUUUCUCUAGCAUUUUGACAUUUCAGACUUAAUGCUCUGAUCUCCAGGAAAUGGAAUGAUCCAUUCAAAGUAAAAACAGAGACAGGAAGAGACGGGGUUUUAGAAUCCAGUGCUGCCAAAGCACACUAAAGCCAAAUCCUAGUUUUUACUGUGUGCACACUUUGAUUUUCAUUAAAGAAGGCGGCAGAUUUAAAAAUAUAUUGGUUAUAAAGAAAUGUGCCUUUCAGGGAAUUAGUACUUUUAUUCAUCAGUGAUGCAAAUCUACGUAGUGUUCUUAGCUUCUACAUGUUACUACUGUAGCUACCUGGGAACCUCCCUGUUUUCACCUCAGUACUAAAUCCUUUUAUAAAAGUAAUUCUUCCAAGUUUGAUUUCUCUAUCAGGAUAAGCCUGAAAAUACACAUUUUUUCUGUUUGAGGAUCUGUGACUUCCUAUGGAAAUCCACAUAUUUACAAAUGAAAGUACUCGGCUUUGCCUUAACUACCUGGAGUAGGAAAGCUGCUGCUUACAAACUGGUUUACUUAAUACUGUGCACGGUGAUGGUUAUGAACUUGAAUAUUAUCAAACCUGGCUGAAUGGAAAUCUAGUAAUUGUUACAAUAGCUUAUGGAAUAAAAAAUACUCUGAAGAUAAUGACUAAAAUUACAAUAUGUGAAAAAUCUGAGUAAAAUGAAUAUGGAUGAAAAUUAAUAAAGUACUAUCAAGAGAAAA